AUGCACAACGCAGCUGCAUCGCCGUCGGCUCAGGAGCCUUCCUCGAGCGUUGUGUUUGAGCACGUUUGUCUCUUUACGCGGGAUAUCAAGCGGAAGCAAAAGAGAUGGCAAGAUGGCCGUCUGAAGUUUCACGCCUUCAAUAAGCGUAUCAUGGUGUACGACGAUCGCGGGAACUUCCUUGGUGACUCCCACUGGCGAGAGGACUAUGAAUUUGGCGACGGUGAAGAAUUUCAGCUAGAGCGAGGGGCCGUCCUCGUCCAAACAGCAGAAUGUGUAUCAAGUCAUAGACAGGAUCUCUCUGAGCUGAUCGACAAAAGGGUUCAGGAGAAAAUCCAGCGACAGUCUGCUGCUGCUGCACGCUCUCCCAGACCCGGUACGGCGCAAGUUUCGCCCCAGACCGGCAAAGAUCAUUUCCAACUUAGACAUACGCCUCUAUUGAGUGUUCUUGGGACCCCAAGUGGGCACCACGGACGCGCCUUGGUCCCCUCGGAUUCACCUUAUGAACAGAAACAAAAGUCGAAGUCUCUGCAAUUACUACAACAGGGACAAAAUGAGACCCCAGAGCCUGCAAGACUUAGGAGAAGAGAGGCAUCACCUACAAGGAAGAGUGGCUAUGCCACAAGUCUUUUUGGGGCCACGCUGACCUUAUCUGGCCGGCCUAUGAGUAGCGCUCCUUCUCGCAAUCGCCCUCGAUCAAUACAAUUACAACCGCCCGAGCAACCGGAGGUAUUAUCAUCGAAUGUGAGCAAUCAGGACAGGGACCAAGAUGAAGGUUCUGCAGUGUUGCCGCAACCUAGGAAUCAGGGAAAUGACAACGCUCCGCUUGCUGAAAGACGCGCCACCACGGUUAAUAUCCCAAGAGCCCAAUCUGCAGUCCAAGCAGAGAACAAGGUGAAGCCUCGAACCCAAAAACAAGUCAAUCAAACCAAUGUCAUCACUUCGGAUGUUGUAGACUUGACAACCGACAUCGACAAUCAGCGUCGCCCAAAACCCUCUCACCGAGAAAAUCUGGCUAAAGAGCCUAAGAGACUGCUGGCAAAACGAAUUGAGAAGCUAGUUGCGACGGAUAUGAUACUAAGGGAGCAUGUUGAGAAGCCGGCUCCGCCAGAGAUUAUGCCAAAGGAGCAGCCAGCAACAGCACGCGAGCCUCGGAUUGAAUUGCGCAUGGCACCUAGUAAGAAACGGGGAUUGUUGUUCCUUUCCGAGAAGAGUAGCACAAAAAGCCAUCGGACAUCCAAACGGCCACGAGCUGAGACAGACUCGGACCAUGACGCGCUCUCAAGGACAACUAGUGAGCCCAGCGUCAAUUCAUCAACUGGGACAGACCAAACAGCGUCAAUCAAUAGAGAGCCGAAAUCUGCACCGACGCGACACGAAGAAAAGACCUACGGACAAACACCUGCCGUCACUGCUCCAGAUUCGAUAGAUCAUGGCGAGUUGGUAGAGCUCAGCAUUUCUUCUGAGAGUCCCCAACAGUCAGCAAGGGCACCCGCAGGAACCGGUUCAAAUGGUAGGGCCCGUCAGGCUGACACAGCAUCAUACAACUCGGAUGCCAUGUCCUCUACAAGGUGCAAAAAUAGCAGAGACCAGAGUGCCAUACAACCUUUACCAGAGAAAGAACUAGCCGAAAAAGCGACACACGGCGAGAUUUCUCAAGGCCGCGAGCAGAUCAUCGUCCAAGAAUCUUUCAGAGGACUUCCAUUCUCAAACCAGCAAAGGAUUGGUGCAACCCAUUUGCGCGCUGGUGACUUUGAUGAAAUCAUCAGCAGGCGCCCGCAGAACGCACCACCCCCGCGCCUUGCUAAAUUGAGGAAUAGUAUACGCAGUAGAGAAGUGAUCGGCCUGUUUUCCGAAGACUUUCAGCCAUCUGCGUUCACGACAGAAAAUGGAGCUGGCGAUAGGGCUGCCAAGGACAACAGUGGACCUUGGAGUAGAGAAGCCCACGAUCUAUUUGAGUACAGGCGGCCUGAGUAA